UCCAACGGAAACACACAUCUCUUUCUAUCCAUGGUAUUGAAGGUGCCUUUGAUGGUACUGGUGCUAAAACAGUCAUUCCUCGUAAAGUGAUUGGCAAGUUUUCUAUUCGACUGGUGCCUGAUCAGAAACCAGAUGAGAUAGAGAAGCAUGUUACUGAAUAUUUGAAGAAAGUUCAUGCUGAACGAGAAACGCCAACCAAAAUCAAUGUCAGCAUGGGACAUGGUGGCAAACCUUGGGUUAGUGACUUUGAUCAUCCACACUACUUGGCUGGACGCAAAGCAAUGAAAACAGUGUUUGGCGUUGAACCUGAUUUAACCCGUGAAGGUGGCAGCAUUCCAAUCACCUUGACGUUCCAAGAUGUAACUGGUAAAAAUGUAAUGCUAUUGCCAGUCGGUUCUUGUGAUGAUGGUGCUCAUUCUCAAAAUGAGAAACUGAAUCGUAGCAACUACAUACAGGGAACCAAGAUGAUGGGUGCAUACUUUGAAGAAGUUGCUCUUCUUGAUUAGAGACUACCGUGGACACAGAGAAACUGACAUUCCAUGUAUUCAGAAACUCCUCAAGAUGCAAAAUUUACACUUUCAUGAGAAAGAAAUUAUCUUGUCAUCAAGUCCAGUAAACAAAGUCUUCCAUUUUUAUUGAAAUAAUUGCAGGUGACAUUACCGAAUAACUAAUUUCAUAAAUAAAAAUGUUUUGAUCAAAAAUGCUGAAAAUUGCUAAUAUUUUGCUGAGUGAAGGAUUAUAUUAAGUGAAAGACAAAAUGCAAAUAAAAAGAUGGGGUACCAAAGUUUGUUUCCAUGGAAACACUUUAUGAUUUUCUCAAGUCCUAUGCAGGCUCAAAAUUCACCCAGCCAGUUAAAAACUAGUUCAGAUAAUUCAGGUAUUUGUUUAAACUGUCAAAUAUAUUAAUUACUGUGAAUAAUUGUGUGACAGUGUUAAAUAGUCACAUGAUAUACUGUUACAUUGUACUGCUUUAACUUUAUUCCAGAUCUGCAAUAAAACGAAUGUUAUAAAUAGUA